CAAAUCCACACCAAAUACAUAGCACACAUUCCAUCGACUAGCCCUUUUAGCCCUUUUAAAAGUCCAUCUUCCACCAUGCUGUUUUCCUGCUAACACCCUCUUGGCGACCUUUGUCGAGCUCAAGCUUGUCCUUGACUUUGUACUAUUUGUCUCUUUUAUAACGACAUGCAUACCCCCUCAUCAUCGACAUCGACAUCACACCCCCGCCCUAUUCUAAAGCACCAACAAACAACUCCGAAUUAUGGUCGUGCCAUUAGGUCUCCAGAACGGCUUCAUGCUGUUCACUUUCCCCCAUCCCCGACCUUGACUCGAACCUAUACGGCAUACCCCCCUUCUACCUAUGACCGCUCUCCCAUUGUUGUGGCACCCAAUACAUGUGCUCUACCUGAGCGCGGGUGCCCUGGACGUACUUAUACCCUGGACGAGGACCGUCCAGUGAGCUCGUCAUCUACUUCAAAACGUUCACAACACGGCAUACAUCUUCAUCCUCGUGCCGUAUUCAAUCAUCAAUCUCAAGUUUCGCCCUCAAAACUGGGCGGUAUUGAUGAUGGGUCGCAAUCCACUCAUUGGUGCAGCUCCCCAACACAACCUUCUUUGAUUCCUGAUCUCUCUUCGGGGUCGGACGAGAGUGAUGGUUCUUCCUCGGAUUCAUUAAACGCUUCUUUAAAACCUGCUCCGUCAAUACCGUGGCCCCCCCGUACUCUAGGGGAUUCCAACGGUUAUAUAAUGACACCAUCAUACGACCAAUACGAUUAUCCUAAUCACAGCCCUAACGUUCACUCAACUCUACCAUUCCUUCCUUAUCCUCCUUCUCCUAGCGACGCGAAUAAAGUCCGCCGUCAGAGACAGAAGGAGCGUCCAUGGGAACGGGAGCGAGGAAGCAAAUAUGGAGCAUAUACCGUGGACAAUGAACCACGCGACAAACCCAAUCACAGGCCCUAUGUGCUAUAUGGAGGCUUUUCAUCAUCCGCUCUUGACGGAUCGGACGAUAGUUGUUUGGGAGGAUUUUGACAACGAGUCACUGUGACUAUACAGUGAGGCGUUUACUUGGAGGUGCAUAACGAUAUUACCGUCGACUUCCGAGAUUCGUACACCGCCUGUUACCCGUAAUAAUGGCGCUUAGAUUUUCCUUGUUGUACUGUAUACUCAAGUAUGCAAAUUGAUAUCUAUUGCAGGA